AUGAUGAAGAGAGAAUUAGAAUUAAUGAGGAACGAUGCCCUCUCAUGUAGAAAGAGCAGCUCGUGGAGGAAAGCUUGGAAGCUCAGUCAGUCUUUCGAUGACAGCGUCUUAUGCUGCGAUGGUACUCCUGAUAAUAAGGUGCAGGUAAAGGAGCUGAAAGAAGAGAUUGCAGUGUUAAAUAAGGAGUUAGAGAAGAGAGACGCUAUCAUAGAGCAGCUGACUUCGCACGCUCAUAAUGGAAAAGGAGACAACACCGAAACGAACGCCAAUGAAGAAUUACAGGCGACACUGAAUGAGCUGCAAGAGGUGCGCCAAACGCUACUCUCAUUUGAAAGACGAUAUGCGGCUGUGCAGAAGAAAAAUGAAAGGCUGGAAACGGAACUGACAAUGAUGAAGAGAGAAUUAGAAUUAAUGAGGAACGAUGCCCUCUCAUGUAGAAAGAGCAGCUCGUGGAGGAAAGCUUGGAAGCUCAGUCAGUCUUUCGAUGACAGCGUCUUAUGCUGCGAUGGUACUCCUGAUAAUAAGGUGCAGGUAAAGGAGCUGAAAGAAGAGAUUGCAGUGUUAAAUAAGGAGUUAGAGAAGAGAGACGCUAUCAUAGAGAACGAACGUGUGCAACACAAAGCACAACUGAAAGAUUUCAUCGCUGCGGUCAAGGUGGCCGAGAGACAUCGAGAAGAAGCCCAAGCCGAGGUUAACAGGAUGAUUGAUGCUAAUAGAACGACUGCGUCUCCUGAUGAGGCGAUAUGGGACGAUUUGAUGCAGAAAUUCCAACGAAGUACAAAGCGUAACGCACUACUCGCCUGGGCCGAGGCACACCUCACGGCCUAUCCCUCUAUAUCCGUUUCGAAUUUCACUUCCGACUGGUGUGAUGGACGUGCUUUUUGCGCGUUGAUUCAUCACUUUCAACCUGAAUUGGUAAGAAUUGAGUUGAGCUGA